GUUUCUCAAGAUUCCUUUUCCUUGAAACUUACCAACAAAUCACUCUUGGAUUCAGAAACUGAGGAGAAGGAGAGAGGAAGAGGGAGAGAGAAAAAGGAAGAGAGAAAAAAAGAUGAAUUUACCCAAAUCAUCUUCAUCACAAUGCACAGAGAGAGAAUGUUUCUCUUCCCCAGUGGUCUUAUGGACUGUUGUAGGGAUCUCCAUCCUACUACUCAGUGUCUGUUUUAUCACCAGAUGCGUUGUGACAUAUCGGAUCUUUCAACUGUGUGAUGAGAAAAAGGUCCAGCCAAAGGACGAGUUCAUAGAUUUCUCCUGCAACAAUGAUGGAUCAGGUUCAAUCAAGAAUUGCUGUCCAUUGAGAUGGGUGCAUUUUCAAUCUAGCUGCUACUUUUUUUCUACUAACACCAUGCGUUGGUCAGCAAGUUUAAGAAACUGCUCAAGUAUGGGAGCUCAUCUGGUGGUUAUCAACACACAGGAGGAACAGGAAUUCCUUUACCAUGCGAAACCUAAAAUGAGAGAGUUUUAUAUUGGACUAACAGACAGGGAGAUUGAUGGUCAGUGGAAAUGGGUAGAUGGCACACCUUUCAUGGAGUCUCUGAGCUUCUGGGAUAUAGGCGAGCCCAACAACUUAGCUACAUUGGAGGACUGUGUCACUAUAAGAGACUCUACAAAUCCUAGGCAAAGUUGGAAUGAUAUAUCUUGUUUCCUCAGUAUGUUUCGGAUUUGCGAAAUGCCAGAAAAAAAUAUUUUGAACAAAUAAAAAUCUCCAAGAACAGAAGGCACAACUUAA